AUGCAUACACGCACGCACCCCAGUGGUGGGGUUCCUCCAGAUGGCGUCCCCAUCAGGGUCCAUGUGGUAGGGACAGUGCCAUGGCCCGUGGUCCCCAUCCGAGAGGGCGCUGUGGUGACCACCACUCCCACAAGACCUCCCUCGAAAGUCUUGGCUGGACCCCAGGUUUGCCCAGCCCCGGACGCAUCUCGAUGGACAGAGGAGAGACGCUGCUGGGAGCCACGUUGCCCUCCUGCUAUUGGGGAGGCCAACAAAGUUUUGAACCAAAAAAAAACAAAACAAAACAAAAAACCAAACAAACAAUAA